AUCAGCUGUUUGUUCGGGAACGCCAAGGCAAGCGAAGCAGAGGAUAUAAAUUUUUAUUGUAUUCACUGAAAAUCUACUGGUUUACUAUUUUCUCGGCCCACCCGCGCACGUGAAAACAAUGGCAGAGACGGAUCCAAAAUCAGUACAGGAUCUUACCGCAGUGGUACAAACGCUACUGCAGCAGAUGCAAGACAAGUUCCAGACCAUGUCUGACCAAAUCAUCGGAAGAAUCGAUGAGAUGAGCACCAGGAUUGACGACCUGGAGAAGAACAUCGCCGACCUGAUGACUCAGGCGGGAGUGGAGGAGGUAGAGGGAGAAAACAAGGUCAAAGAGGGAGAAGGUUCUUCAUGAAGGUAGUUUUGAGGGGGGGGGGGAGCUGAGGACGAUUUCCUUCAGGAACUGCGAGCUUUUUUUUUUUUUCAAGAAUAGUUACGAAAUGUUUGGAUUUGAUGUGUUAUUGUAAAGUGUUUUUUUUUAAAAAAAAAAUAUAAAUAUAUUGACUUGA